CCAUCAAUGAUUGGCUGUUGCUCUUGCUAGUACGCCUCCAGGCGGCGCUGAUUGGCUGGGGUUGCUCCUUCCGCCGGAAGCGGCGCGGGAGGCAACAGGGACGGAGGCGGCGGAGCCGGAGCGGCCGCAACCAUGAACAUCCGGAAUGCGAGGCCCGAGGACCUGAUGAACAUGCAGCACUGCAACCUGCUCUGCCUGCCCGAGAACUACCAGAUGAAGUAUUACUUCUACCAUGGGCUCUCCUGGCCUCAGCUCUCCUACAUCGCUGAGGAUGAGAAUGGCAAGAUCGUGGGUUAUGUCCUGGCUAAGAUGGAGGAGGACCCUGAUGAUGUACCCCAUGGGCACAUCACAUCCCUGGCCGUGAAGCGCUCGCACCGGCGCCUGGGGCUGGCGCAGAAGCUGAUGGACCAGGCCUCCCGCGCCAUGAUCGAGAACUUCAACGCCAAAUACGUCUCCCUGCACGUGCGCAAGAGCAACCGGGCGGCUCUGCACCUGUAUUCCAACACCCUCAACUUCCAGAUCAGUGAAGUGGAGCCUAAGUACUAUGCAGAUGGGGAGGACGCCUAUGCCAUGAAGAGGGAUCUCACCCAAAUGGCAGAUGAGCUGCGGAAGCAGGUGGAGCAGAAAGAACGUGGCCGCCCCCCACCUCCCAGUGAGCCCCCCCGGGCUGGGGAAGGGGGUUGUGGUAGUGGGGGUGGGGGGCCCCCCCAACCUGUGCCCCCCCCUCCUGAAGAUGGGGGUCCCGACAGCAAAGACGUCAGCGAGGUCAGUGAGACCACCGAGAGCACCGACGUCAAAGACAGCUCCGAGGCCUCGGACUCUGCUUCAUAGGGACCCCCCCUUGGGCACCCCCAAACCUGGGGACCCCCCCUUGGUGCUGGGGGGGGGGGCAAUAAACCCCCUUCCCCUC